AUGCCUGGUGCACGUCUCGUUGCCACCAGCGGCGACGACGCUGCGGAACGGUCCGAUGGCUUUGUGACGACCGUAGAUACCACCUUUGUCUUCUCCAAGACCUCGACGGCUUGGGUUGGCGUCCAGUUUGCCCUGCCGCUGCGUGCGGAUGCCAAGGUGGCCGACUUUCGUCUCGCCUUUACCUCAGUGGCACCGGCUGCGGCCUCUGGCCCGUGCUCGGUCACCAUCUAUGUCGAGGACUCUGCCAACCCAGCCGCCUUUGCGCACGGCUCAAUGGGAACGCUAGGCGGGCGCUCUCGUGCUACCCCGUCGGUGGUCUGGAACCUGCCGACAGUGGCCGCCGACGAUGCUGGGCGCGUCGGCCUGCCGGCCACGACCUCGCCGGACCUCACCCCACUCGUCGAGCACGCUCUGAGCCUCGCGGGCUGGUCGUACAACUCGCGGAUCUCGUUUCUGAUCUCGAUUUCGUCCACUUCGUGUGAUCCUGCCGCAAGCGGUGCGAGGACCCUGGUUGCCCGCGGCUCGACAAACCCAUCGUGGUACUCGCACCGCGCGGCGCCGAUGGCCAUCUUUAAGCACAUGUGCCUCUCGUGCGAGCCGAGCUUGACCUUCCCGCCGCCAUUUCCUCGCCCACCGUUCACCUCAACAACAUCUACUUUCCGGCGUUGA